AUGGCAAGUCUUGGCCCUACGGGCGGCCAACCUGCCCAUGGAAUGUCUGAUCGUCGUACUCGCUCGGCCUCUCUGUCAUCUGAAUCAUCAGGUGGAGGCGCCCCUCUGAAUGUAGACUUGAGCGAUUUGACUAUCAGCGACAAUACUCAUCAAAGAUCGAUUAGCGAAAUGGGCACUUCACGUGUUCCUCCAAUGGCUCCUCCAGUCAAUGGUUCUGGUGACUUUGCGGAAAACGUCUCCGAUGGGAUUCGCCAGCAAAACUUCCAGAUUGGAAGACCACCACAUGGUGAUGAGGAAGUUUUCAGUGCCAACGCGUCGAUGGCCCGGCAUUUGAUGACUGGGCCAGCACCCAUAAUCAACCAGUUAGCGACCUCUGCACCUCAGAAUAUAGUUCCGAUUCAUAUCCAGCCAUCUCCCGCGGAGCGACGGCACCAAGUUCAGGGUGUUGAUGCUCAAACUUAUUAUCCUCCUGAGGCCUGCAUUUUUGUUGCUAAUUUACCAGAGUCGAAGUCUGACACAGUGUUGGAAGUUGCUGUUACCAAAGCCUUCUCCUCCUUUGGCCCGGUCUUUGUUAAGAUUCGCCGGGACCCUAAGAACAUGCCCUUUGCAUUCUGCCAAUAUACGGAUUCUAAGCAUGCCCAAAAGGCACAAGUGGAGGGCAAGGGAUUGCUUGUUGAGGGACGGCCUUGCCGAACUGAGAUGGUAAAAGCAAACCGUCGUUACGUGAUGUUCAGUCGUGAAGGUCAUCAGGUGAACGUUGCCGAAGCUCGAACUCAUCUUUUGCAAUUUGGCGAUAUUUCAAAACUAGAGCCACUUCACCAGGAAGCUGUAAAUGCGAUGAAACUUCCAGGCGCAGUGUUCGUUGAGUACACACAAUUUGAUCCUGUUCGCGACAUCAUAUCGGCCUAUAGAUACCACGAUGAGUAUGGUGUUGUAGCAUAUGAUCUCAAGAAAGCAAACCCAUCUCAAACCAGUCACUAUUCGAACUACCUAGCGCGUUACGAAAUUGAUCGUCGAUCAAUCUAUGUCGGGAACCUGCCUCACAAUGUCGAGAAUAUUGAAGAUGUACUACGCCACGCAGCUUCCAAAGCAGGCGUAGUCGAAAAGGUCCAGGUCAUUCGCAAAGAACCUCGGAACGAAGGCGGACGUCCUACAGUGUUCGCAUUUGUAGAGUAUGCGCGUCCAGAUGAGGCGCUUAUUGCGGUUGACAACCUACGAGGAACAAUUCUUGUCAAUAAUCGCAUUCGGGUGGAGAAAAAGAAAUGUGCAGAUCAAGGCGGUCAUUUUCGUAAUGCCGAGCACUUUUCUACCAACCGAAGCGAGGGUGUGAUGUCUACAAUCGUAGAUGUUGACGGUAGAAGUACCGAAGCUGUUCCCGCCACACCAGCUCGAUCUAUUGCGGUCGGCCACGAUAUCAUUGCCUCGGGUAGCGGUAUUGAUCUUGACCAAGCAGCCCGGUCCGUCUCCCCGAGCCUGGAUUACCGAGCCGCUGUUUUUCCCCAGCGGCGAGCUUUCGGAACACCUACAGCGUACCACCAGACGCGUACAUUCACUAGCCCUAGCCAGGGCUACCAACCUAGCACUUUUGCGAGUCCUGAUGGAUAUAAUCAGUCUCAAUAUGUCAGCCCAGCCCAGGUGUACCAGCCGUAUAUGAGUCCAAACUAUGCUCUCUCUCCUGGCGAUCAGCAUCGCAACCAAUAUGUCCAAGGUAGCUAUCAGCCAGCGACUCCUCAGGUCGCAGGAGGAACGCAUAGUCCCUAUCAUGGAGACAGCGUGGGAGCUUAUUACUCUCCCAACACAUUUUGGCCCACACCAUAUCUUCAAGAUCAGAACAAUGGCUACCAGUAUUACGCGGGAUAUGAUCAGCUACAACGCACACCCAUAGAACCGAUGCGAUCUAUCAGCACAAUGAAUGUCGGCCAAACACCUACUCGCAAUGUUGAACUGGCUGCACAGCAACACAGCGGGGAAAGUGGUGAGCAACCUGACGAGGAUGCUGGCGAGAGCGCCAGCGAUAAAAAGUAG